UACCACCACUCAGCACUGACAGUAAGUGCACUCUAGCGCCAGCUCCAGUUCUCGGUUUGUGUUUAAAUAUAUAUAUACAAAUAAACAAAAAAAAUAAUUAAAUAUGUCACUGCUAUCACCUGCAGUCAACCACUGGACUGCGCUACUCAAUAUCAUAAUACAAACAUAUUUUAUUGACUCGCAUGCCACCUGUAUCCUGUGGCAUCACGAUUUCCCAUUUGAAUUGCAAACACCAGCCAAUGGCGAAUUCAUACAGUACAUAAAUAUUUGGCCUGACAAUUUGUCGCAAUCCUUGCAGCAGGACAUUUACAAUUUUACAGCUUUUGCCGAAACACAACUGGCCCACGGCAUGCAGCCCGAUGCGUUGGUGCAGAAAUUGACUAUAGCCAUCAGAGAAUCCCACUGUGAGACUUUCGUGGCCUUUCAGGAGGACAUAUUGAGCUUUGCGCGCAGCUUUUACAAUGCCAGCAGAAUAUCAGUUUGGCGUUCGUUGCGUAAUAAAUUUCUAUUUGCGUACCGUAAAGACCUGCAACAGGAUACGACAGCAUACUUCGAUGAUUCUCUUUUCAUAGAUCAACCAAAUGUUUUAAUAGUCGAAGCCGAGUGCGGCAAUUGCUCGACGUUUGCAUUGAAAACUAAUAAAUUCAUUGGACCGCUAGCUGAGCAUCCGGAGCAACUGUAUGUAUUGGAUCGUUAUAAUGGUGUGGAUGGCAAAUUUGAGUUGGGCGUUGAUUUGUAUAUGGACAAGGUUCAAAACCUGCAGGGACGCGAAGUGACAGUUGGAAUUUUCGAUUAUCGGCCGUUUACAGUGAUUGAUUAUGAGCGUCAGCCACAGAUCAAAGACCACUCUCCGGAAAAUCUUCGCGGCAUGGCACAUAUUGAUGGCACUGAAGUGCGCAUGUUGCUCGCACUUUGUGAAGUGGUUAACUGUACAGUAAAUACCGAUACAUCCGAAGAUGAUUGGGGCACAUCUUAUGCAAAUCUGACGGCGGAUGGUAUUUUCGGUUUGGUAACCUCCAGAAAAUCCCACUACGCUGUUGGUGCUUUAUAUUUUUGGCCCGAUGAUUACCGCUAUUUGGAUAUGUCCUUAUUUAUUGGCCGUUCGGGCGUUACUUGCCUAGUACCAUCGCCACAUCGACUCACAAGCUGGUUACUACCGCUUCGCCCCUUUCAACUCACCCUCUGGCUGGGAGUAUUUGCCUGUCUGGGCGUUGAAGCGCUUGCACUCUUUUUCACACGCCAUCUAGCGCCAUCGGAUACUGAACCACAAUAUGGUUUAAUGGAGAGUUUUCAAUUUGGUUACAUUACGACACUGAAGCUAUUCGUAUCGCAGGGUUCGGAUUAUGUGGUGAAUUCACAUACGGUACGCAUGGUGCUCUUCGCUUGCUACAUGAUGGACACGAUUGUGACGAGUGUCUAUGGCGGUGGUCUUUCGGCGAUAUUGACGUUGCCGACCUUGGAGGAAGCCUCGGACUCUGUGGAGCGUUUAUACAGGCAUGGCAUACCAUGGACCGCAACGUCGCCUGAUUGGGUAAUUUCACUGAAAGGCGCCGAUGAUGACCCGAUGGUGGAAAAACUUUUGCAAAAAUAUCAUGUAUACACAUACGAGCAACUAACGGAAUUCGCGAAGACCGAGAAUAUGGGCUUCAUUUUGGAGCGAUUGGCAUUCGGUCAUUUUGGCAACGUUGACUUUCUCACAGAUGAAUCUUUUAAGCGCCUCAAGUUAAUGAUUGACGAUAUUUAUUUUCAAUAUUGCUUUGCCUUCGUACCACGCCUAUGGGCCUUGCUGCCCAAAUUGAAUGAUGUGAUUAUGCGAGUGCACUCAACCGGCUUGGAUAUAUUCUGGGAGUGGGAAGUUGCCGCCACCUACAUGGAUGGGCAGCAGCAGGAAGAGAUACAGGCAUCUAUGUAUAUGGAUUUCGAUGUGGGUCCAGUUAAAUUGGAUAUGGGAAACUUCAUAGGUUUGGUAUUGCCUCUGAUAAUUGGCUUUGUAUUCAGUAUCUUCGCUUUUAUUGGCGAAUUGAUCUACUAUAAGUAUACGCAGAAGAAAGCACAAGCGGUGAUAAAUGUAAACUGAGUUGCAUGUGUGAAGCAAAGAAUGUAGAAAAAAAUAU